AUGCUGGGCUGGCUGGGCCGGAGGGUCCUGUCGGGGACACGAACGCCUCCGUGGGUGGUGGUGCCCCGGGCCCUGCGCGCGGCUGGCUCGCGGUUCGUGGCGGGGGCAAGCGAGGGGGUGGAGCAGCCGCCCCGAGCCUUCGACCCCGCGCUGCUGGAGUUCCUGGUGUGCCUGCUUUUCAAGAAGCCGCUCCGAUAUGAAGCAUCCACAAAUGAACUGAUCAAUGAAGAGCUGGGGAUAGCUUAUCCAAUCAUUGAUGGCAUUCCUUACAUGAUACCACAAGCAGCUAGAGCAACGCAUCAGCAGAAGCAAGAAGAAACAGAGCAGCACUGA